UCUAAAAAAGGUGAAGUACUUGAAGAAAACCCAUAGUGCUAUUCCGCAGUAGGGGUCAUUCCGUGGUGAUUGCACUUCUGCCCACGUAGGAUAUCGGCGGAGCGGGCCAUGUCGGAGGCAGCAGACCAGUUUAUCUCUGACCAUGAGGUCAAGUACGCAGACGUCGCGUCCGGGACUGACUCCGGCAGCCUGACUCUGCUGGACAUCAGGAGGCCGGACGAGCUGAAGGACACGGGCUUCAUCCCUGGAAGUCGUAACCUGCCGCUGCAGGACUUGGACGAGGCUCUCAGUCUUGAUCCGGCCGAGUUUCACGCCAGGUACGGCUUCGCGAAGCCGCAGCCGGCCGACCAGCUGACCAUCACCUGCCGCUCCGGGCGCCGCGUGAAGCUGUCCGUACCGGUGUUCACCAAGCACGGCUACACCAAUCUGAAGCUCUACCUGGGCUCCUUCCUCGACUGGCAGGAGCACGGAGGCCAGGUGUGCAAGAUGUGACUACGGACUGUAAAGCUGGAGGCCGGGGAAUUUCUGGGAUCAGCCACUAACGCUUACCAGGGUAGGCUUCGAAGUGUAACGAAGUACGCGGAUGACGGCGUCGAGUUAUUCACAAAUGAGGAGUAUUGAGGGUAUAUAAAAGUAACGAAUGUGUGUGUGUCGUCACUGUAGGCAGAUUAAGCGAUUAACGGAGAAAAUUACGAAGCUUCACCAUUUCUUUGCGAACAUGUUAAUCAUGCUCAUGCUGGCUAGUUAAUGCUAACUUGUUUUAACCCAUUGCCAUUGGGUUUUAUGGCGAGAAAAUAACGGUUUGGGUAAUCUUCACCGCUUACAUGUGGUUUAUUAACGUGUAUUUUGUGUGUUGCUUUUUAGUGUACAUCAGGCGUUAAUUACAGUUUAUUUUAUGAGUUGGAAUUACUAAUACGAGUGACCACCUGCGAUGACUUGUAGCAACCUUGAUGACGUUAACGGUGAUAAUAACGCAGCUUUGCUAUUUUUGUGCGAUAAUGCUAACUCGUUUCCGCCCAUUUCCUGUGCGCUUUACGUUGAGAAGUUAAUGCUUGGAUAGUUCUACUGAUGACUAAUGUUUAUUCACACCGCGCUUUGAGUGUGUGUUGUGUUUUGGUGCACAUCGGCGGUUAAUUACAGCUAAUCUUACGUGGAUAUGGUAGUCCGUAUUAGAAUGCUUGCGAUUGACUCGGUGGCUGUGGGGUGUAGAACAGGGCUUAAAAUUGAUGAUUUUUUAGGUCGAUUUUUUGUGUGACGUUUGAUACAUGUGAUAUAAUUUUGUAGCGGGUGAUGGUAGUGGUUGGUUAUGGUUUCCACUACAGAUAUUAUUUAAAACUUAUUUGAUUAGGUAGUUUUGUGUCCUUCCACCAAGAUACAGGAGGGGUGUUUCCUCUGUGUACCUUCAUUUACAUGCCUAUUACGGUUGAAUUUAUGUUUAUGAUAAACCCGGUUUUACGCGGCCUUACCCUCGAUGGUUUUGCUAUAAACGUGGCAGCCGUGGUUUGGUAGAAUGUAAUCCUAAUAUGCUUGUACGUACUAGUGUUUGGCGAUAUUUGGCUAAGAGGUCAUCGCAUUUGCUGCGAACCGUGAAAGAUAGGUACUUGCUACUAGCAUGUGUUCAUGCGUUGGAACGCAUUCCUGAACCCAAUAUUAAGAGACCAAGGAGUUCGUUGUCUAUGUGGGAUCCGGCACGAAUGUUCUUUGUGAUGUUGUGAUGAUCCUAUUUUUAAACAAGGUGACGUACUAUUUAAAUCCUAUACUAUAUACUGGAAACUGAAGCUGUGGUGUGCCGGAUAAACUGAAGCUGUGGUGUGCCGGAUAAACUGAAGCUGUGUCGUGUGCUGGGUGUAUUGCGUGUUGACUUUUAUAGGAGACAGGAUUAUAGGUACAAAAGGAACAAUAACAGCGCUUCGAUACCCAUUUUUGCGAAGUGCUGUGCGGUUAUCCAGAGAAGCCCCAUGCGUGCGCUGUCUUUAGUUAGAUCACGCGGAGUCAGGUUUUGUAACCGCAUGUGCGUCUGCCUGCUAAAUAAAACGCUUGACAUCUG